CAAGACGAAAGAGAGAAACAAGACGAAAAAAAAGAGAGAGAGAGAGAGAGAGGAGAGGAGAAAGGGGGGUCACCUGUGGAUGAGCUGGAGGGAGCAGAGACCGUCUGCUCUCCACCUUUUCAAGGUCCGCUCUGAUGCACACACUGGGAAGGCUGGGAGAUGACUGAACUCCGACAUUAGUAGGAAACGGCAAGGUGAGCAGGAGAGACCGGCCUGGAGAGGAGAGGAAGAAGAGAAACAGAUCAAAAGAAGAGAGAGAGAAGAGAAAACAAGAGGCAAAGGGGAAGACACAUUCCUUACUCUUUUCCUUCCUAAGGUGCCCUAUGGCAGAAAGAGAGUGUCCUGAGUCAGAGCAUUACCCAUCCGGGGCUUCCUCCCCAGCAGACCCCAGGGUCACCAUAGACGCUCUGUCCCUAUCCAAGAGCUUCACAGACAUGGUGACAUCUCCCCAUCAACUGGACAAGGCCAACCAGGGCCCGACCGGCGCCGGUUCCUUGCCAACAGAUGCCCAGAACGGCGGCAAGCAGACUCUUCGAGUUGGUGCCCACAGCGCUGAAAGCACCCCUGAUCACCCAGUGGUCCGUAACGCGGGGAGACCGCGCAGCAUGGCAGAGCCACACACAGGGAUGGAAGCACUGCCGCUGUUGGAGGGGGACCUGAACCACCACCACUACCAGCACCAGCUGCCCCAGCAUCACCAGCACCAUGGCGCCCCCUGCUGUGGGGACAGAGGACUGGGCUCCUCCUGCUCCCAGAGGGACCUCAGCGGGCACAGACUGGCCCCCGCCGCCCUGCCUGUGCAGCGGAGCCACUCGGACACGCUGCGCGCUCUGCGGGAGAGUCCCAUCCCGCACCCCCACCCCCACUGUGAAUCCACCGCUUCACCAUCUCACCCGGCUCACCUGGCCCAUGAAGCCCACUGCUAUGGUCAGCAGCCAUGCCCGGGCCUGGUGUGCAAGCAGGCUCUGCAGCUGCAGCAGAGUGGGAGUCUCACCACCUCAGCUAGGGGCCCCAGCCCCACGCCGCAGCUCCAGCCUCAACCCCAGCACGGCUGCGUCUCCGUGGUGCCGUCCAACACGCCCUGCGAGGGGGCCGCAGAGUCCUGGCACCCGCACUACGAAGAGGCGGUGUGCUGCGGCCCGUACGGCGUGGCCAUGGUGCCCGGGGCGAUGGAGGAAACGCUGGCCGCCUACUGCCACCACCAGCCCAUCCCCUCCGCCGUGCAGCUGCUGCCGGUGCCGGCACCGCGGGGUCUGCCGGGCGCCGAGGCCCAGAUGCUCGCCCUGCCGCGCCUCAUCUCCUCCAUCAGCGAGACGGGCCUGGACGCCAAGCGCAUGCUGCGCUGCUGCAACCUGGACUGCACCUGGCCCAACGCCCCGGCCCUGCACCGCGCCGGCAGCCAGCCGCACGUGGGCGACGAGGGCCACCACCUCGUUCUGACCACUGCCACCGCCGUCGCCACUAGGGAUGCGGGCACCAUGACGUCCCGCACGGAGCUGAGGGACGUGGGGGUGCAGGCGGAGCAGGUGGCCAAGACGCCUCCGCCGCUCCACAUGUACCCCGAGGUGUGCCUGGCGGACGACGACGGGGCCGUGAACGGGGCGCCAGCCGCGGGCAAGAGCGCCGCCGCCCAGUCCAAGUCGCCUGUGAAGGAGGUGAAGUGGGACGCGGAGGGCAUGACCUGGGAGGUGUACGGCGCCUCGGUGGACCCCGAGGAGCUGGGCCUGGCCAUCCAGAAACACCUGGAGCUGCAGAUCAAGGAGACGGCCAGCCGCGCCGCCAAGCUCUCCCGCCAGAACACCAGCGCCUCGCAGGGCACUGCCGGCACAGGGACCGGAACAGGAACUGGAACAGGGAACGGCAGCGAUAGCGCCGUCCGGCGCAGGAAGAGAGGGGGACUCAUGGGAUCCCUACGAGGGUCGCUGACGGGCCCGGGGUGCUGUACGCGCACCACCAAUGCCGUGGACUGAGGAGGGGACUCUUCUAUUAGACAGUUGUACAGGCAAAGUGGUAGGACAUUUUGUAAACAUGUAACCUCACAAAAUACAUGUACACAGUCACACAAAAACACACUAAAAGCUUGUUUGGAAAGCAUUUGAUUUAGCUGGAUGAAACACUGCUACAUUUAACAGGACUGUUAUAAGAUGAAAAUUACAUUACGUCACAUAUGGAAAAAUAUGAUGGAUUAAUUUUUUUGGAGUAGCCAAUAGCUCACUGAAUUGGUAAGAAGGAGGGUAACUUUGGCUACGACAUGUGCCUGUUUUCCUUAGUUUUAUGCUACCACACUUAGACAACAGGUUGUCACAAAGGGCUAUUGAUGCGACAUACAGGUAAAGGUAUUUGUCAUUGUCCUUGCAGUUUCCAGAUAAAAACACAAUGUGUGAAAUUUAGGGAUGCACGAUAUAUCAGCGGCCGAUAUAUUAUUGGCCGAUAAGUGAAAAAAUGAAAAUAUUAUUAUCAG